AUAUUGUAUACUAAAACGAAAGUGGGCUCAUUUUUGGAAAAUGCGAUGAGUAUUCUAUCGGAAAUUCCAGGUGAUAUACAUUUCAGAAAUUCCCGAUGAUAUAACUGGAAUUCCCCUGUGGUGCAGAGACAUGGAGCAAAAUUAAAUAAUGAAUUAGUGUCUACAUCGCAUAUCAUUUGCUAGGAUCUACAACAGAUGAAUAUAUAUUCCAACGACUUUUUGUAUGGUUUACUUUCAAUGACUGGAACACAGUAGCUGUUUGUUUAAAGAAUAUUUUGUACCGUUGAAACAACAGAAUAAACUAGACUGCAUGAAACAUGGAUACCAGAAAGGAACCAGACAAAAACACGGAAACAAAUGACGCUAAGAAACUAUCUGAAAUGACAAAAGAUUCACCGAAUAGAGUAAAAAACAUGGAAACAGACAGGAACUUCGAUGACAUAAGUCUUCGACCAAACGCAAUGAAAGGAAAACAUAAUUUUGGUAGAAGAAAUUUCAAAGAGGAAUUGCGAGGUGCACAGAGAAAGGACGGACAUAACGCAGCCUAUGACCAAAGAAGCAAUACCACAAAGAAACUUCAAGCCAAAAGAACAACUUUAUAUGUUGUUGUCUCUGAAAAGGUCACUCAAAGUCGUAACUUAAAAGGCUUUUUGCUUUAUAGAAUGGGACACCCAAAAGACCUAGACUUUGCAGUUACAAGUGUGUCUUCAAAAAAGGACGAUAGGAAUAAAAGUGUAAUUUCCUUACAGUUUGAAAGCUUCAACAAAGCUUCUCUAGGGAAACAUUUGCUCCAUAAAAGUAACAGGAAUGCUCCAAAUAAGGUGAUGUGCUUCUUGGACGCUGCAGAAGCAGAGGGACAAGUAGUUGACACAACCAAACAGAGACAAGAAAAGAUUGCAAAGGCUCAGCGGGAGAUAGCUGAAAGAGCUGAAGAUAUGAUAAGAAUGCAUGAUGCAAAAAUCAAUGACGUUCGAGAGAGACUUUCCGAUGUUGAUAAACAAAUCGGUAAUAAACACGGGGUUUCGCUAUUUGAGUACGAUAAGCUAUGCAAUGAAAAGCUGGCAUUUGAAGAUAAGUUAGAAGAAUUGGGAAGACAAAGAAAAGAAUUCAACAGGUAUAUGAAUUGUUUGAAAGAAAAACUGGAAGCGCUCAUAAACUGCGACAAGUUUGAAAAGGAAAUACAAGAAGUCAGGAAAGCGUUUGGGGUUGAGUGUCGUCGGUUUUCAGCAGCAUUACCGAUGUACGCAAGACGUGAAGAUAUACUGACGACAAUCGGGGAAAAUCAAGUGUGUGUGAUUCUCGGUGAGACCGGAUCUGGCAAGUCGACGCAGAUGGUACAGUAUCUUUACCAGGCCGGGUUUGCAGGUAACGGCAUUAUCGCUUGUACUCAACCGCGAAAGAUAGCUGCUGUCAGUCUUGCGACACAUGUUUCUUCAGAGCUUGCCUCAAGUGUUGGUCAGGUAGUUGGCUAUAAGGUAGGAAUGCAGAAGAAAAUGACUGCAGUGACAAAGGUACUGUUUCUGACUGAUCACAUCCUGCUGAAUGAAUGUUUACUUGAUCGGCUGUUGAAAAGGUAUUCAUGCAUUCUUAUAGAUGAAGCACACGAACGAAGCAUUCAUACCGACUUGCUACUUGGUAUGCUAAAGGAGGCCCUUGAUAAAAGACCAGACCUAAAGGUUAUUAUAACAUCGGCCACAAUAGACCCCGAUAUAUUUGUCAAAUAUUUUGGUGGAAGGGAUCGCUGUCCCGUAUUGAAGGUUUCUGGAAGGGCAUUUCCAGUGGACGUAUUCUGGGAACAGGAUAUUUAUUCUGAUAGGGCUUUUCCUGAAUAUUAUGAAACAAAGGCUCUUAACAAAGCGAUUGAAAUUCACAGAUCAACAGAAAUUGGCGAAGGAGACAUUCUUGUAUUUCUAACUGCAGUAGCAGAAAUAGAGAGAUGUACCGAGAAAUUAACGGAACAAAUCGGGGAUGCAGAUGUCCAGUGCUUGCAGUUACACGGUAGGCUUAAACCAGAAGAACAGCAACUGGUGUUUGAGAAAACGCCAAGGGGAAAACGAAAAAUUGUUUUCGCAACUAAUAGUGCCGAGACGUCAAUAACGAUUCCUGGUAUUAAGUUUGUUGUAGACACUGGUGUCGCAAAAGAAAUGAGAUUUGAUCCGAAGAAAAACAUGAAUUCGCUUAAUGUGGUAUCAGUCAGCCAAAGCUCAGCUAACCAACGCAAAGGACGUGCAGGAAGAACGGCGUCAGGAAUUUGCUACAGAUUGUACACAGAGGAAGACUACAUGAUGAUGGAGAAGGCUUCGAGUCCCGAGAUUCUUAGAAUACAAGUAGCACAGGCUUUACUUAAGCUGAUGGAACUUGGUGUAGAUCCGAUGAAGUUUGAUUAUGUCCAGUCACCGUCACUAGAAUCCAUGGAGUCUGCAAUGGUUGAACUGAAAUCCAUAGGAGCAGUAAAUGCGUCAGGAAUAUCGGAACUUGGUAGAUGGAUUGCGAAACUGCCUGUUGAACCAAGGUUCGGCGUACUCAUAAAGAAGGGUAUUGAUAUGGAAACCGUAACUGAAACUCUAAUCGUAGCUUCUUGUUGUAAUCAAAGUGGAAUAUUUUUUCGAGUUGGGACACUUGAAGAGAAAAAAGCCGCUGAUUUGAAAAAAAUGAAGUUUUGCCAUCAUGGUGGCGAUUUACUUACAAUGCUGAAUGUAUACAGGGAAUGGGAUAAAGUGAAAGAGAGAGAGAAAGGAAGCUGGUGCGACAACAAUAGCAUAAACGGAAAGGCAAUGAAAGGCGUUCGAGACAUGACGAACGAAAUAACUUCAAUACUGAAAAAAGAUUUAGGCCUGAAGAUAAAACAUGAGUUUAAAAGUCCAGAAGAAGCAGACAGACUGGUGCAGAGUCUAAUCUUUGAAUGUAUGGCUUCGAACCUGGGGUACUACUUAGGACAUGAAUGUGCAGGCUAUCUCAUAAUAAAUCGUUUUCAAAGAGUGAAGCUUCAUCCAUCCUCUGCAAUUUUGGCAUUGGGUCUCCAGCCAAGUUGGGUGGUUUUUAACAAAGUACUGAAAACCUCUGAAGAUUUCAUUACAGAAGUAACACCAGUCUCAAGCGAAGUUGUUAAUGAUGCGGUAGAGAAGAAAAAAGUUGGUGCUGAUUUGGAAACACUUGCGAAUCAAAGAGUAAAUCUUGCUCUGAAAAUACCCGUUGGAAAACAUGUUAUUUGGAAGUUCGUUGGUCCGAUGCACAAGAAUCGGAGGAAAGUAGAAGAAGAUAUUGGGAUAAAAUGUGAUGAAUCAUUAGUUGUCAUAGAUGCAAAUAAAAAACGCGGAGAAAUAAGUCUUUUCUGUUUACCACAGUAUGAAGAUAAAGCUUCUUAUUUACUUCGAUCAAUAAUUGAGCCAAUUCAAGAGCAAGUAAUAAAUGAAUCGAGAGAAGAAUCUAUCGGUAACGAAAGAAGUGGCAUUCGUGCAGUUUUGCGAGAGGGCGGUGGUGUAGUUGAGGUGCUGAUGCCUUAUGAAUACCGAUCACUUAAAAUAUGGCAGAAAAAAUGUAUGUAUGGGACAGACAUUGCUGAAGAUAGUAUUCGAGAAGUUUUCAGAUCAUACGGACCAGUUGAGCAAAUCUGGAGACCAACAGGGAGAAAACAACAUGAAAAUGCAUUUUGGGGAAAGGUGACUUUUACCCACCAAAAAGAUGCAGUUGUUGCCAAUCAGGACAUAAAUAAUGACACAAAUUCACAAAUAAGAUUAGAACCGAUCACAUUUGAACAACAGUCUUCUCAAGAAGGUUUCACUAUGAAAGUAACGUGGUGUCGACGACCAUCCAAGGGUCAUUGUUUUGUCUCUGUUGAGCGGCCUGAAGACCUUCCACUCCUUCUGAUGUCAUCACCGAGAGUAAACGGGAAUCUCGUCACUGUAUCGCUUUGUAAACGACAAUCUGACCUUUUCAUAAAAGGUUUGCCAUCAGAUGUCACCGAUGAUAACGUCAAAAGAUCUUUAGCAGAAGUACUUGGUCUCUCAUUUAACAGUUGUAGAGACAGAUUUCGUGUUGUUAUUCCGCGCAUGAACGUCAUCUGGAGCGCCGAUCAGCGAGUUCGUAAACAAGAGGAGCUAUCAAAAUUAGUCUUAAUGUAUGCCCAAAAGGACUCAUUCCGGAUCCAUAUCAAGGAAUGUAAACAACAGACGGUCAUGUGUACAGCUUUUGUAACUUUCUCUGAUGCACAGAUAUGCAAUGACACUGCGAAAGAGUUUAUUCAAGGGCAAUGGAAAAUUGACGGAAAUAAAAUUUACGCCAGUCUAGAGUGCAAGUCGUCUGUCCAUGUCAACAAGAAAUUGUAUCAGAUUGUGAAAGAAGAUGUACAACGGUCGAUAAAUGGUUAUGCUGAUGAUAAUUCCAAUACUUCUCUUGAGGCAAGAACUUUGAAAUCGGGACACAUAUCACUAGACAUUAAAGCAGACACUCCAUUAGAGCUUGCUAAAGCGAAAGUCAGAGUUGAUCAUAUAGUUGGCGGAGCUACUUUUGGAUAUGAGAGCAAGAAAAACAUACAGGUUAUGUUCUGUAAGAACGGAAGGCAGAAAGCACAGGAGAUUGAAACGGAAACAAAGACGUUGGUAUUCAUAGAUGAGAGAGAAAUGACAGUUACAAUACAAGGAGGUAUUUCCAAUAGGACCCGGGCUGCGGAACUGCUAGAUGAUUACAUUGCGAACCAAAAGACUAUAGUAGAAGUAGAAACUCGUAUGAAAGGCGGAAAUAAUCCUCCAGGUCUGAUGAAAGCGUUGAUAACUAAGUAUGGGAUAACAUUUGAAACCUUAAAGAAGGAAACUGAUGUAACUGGAAUACAACUGAAUUUACGUUUACAUGAAAUGACUAUUACAGGAAAAGAAGAUGCUGUAAAGAAAGCUUUGAAUGCCAUCAAAGAAAUGAGGGAAGAGAUAAUUAAAAGAUACAAAGCUACAGUUUUAGGUAACGACUUACCAGACUGUCCAAUAUGUCUGUGUCCCGUUGAAGAAUCUGACAUGUACCGACUUGAGUACUGCGGACAUGCGUAUUGUAAAGUUUGUGUGACGUCACUGAUUCAAAAUGCAGUAUUUGAUCGACAGCUUCCGGUCAUCUGCGCUGCUGAGGGCUGUGUCAAGCCUCUCGUCAUUAGAGAUAUCAAUACACAGAUUAAAAUGGGGACUGUCAAGAGGAAGGCUGUUGUUGAUUCGGCUGUUGCAUGUUUUGUCAGCAAAAAUAACAGGAAUUUUCAUUUUUGUCUCACACCAGACUGUGUAAUCAUAUACAGGGCCACUUCUAACGGGGGCAUGUUUGUUUGCCCGAUGUGUCGCAUGAAAAUCUGCACGUCUUGUCAUGCCUUGUAUCAUGAGGGGCUGACAUGUGCCAUGUACAAAAUGGCAAAGAAGGAAGGCGAUUCUGUACUCGAAUGGCAUAAAGAAGAUCCACUUCACCGGAGAAUGUGUCCAAAUUGUGGGUUUGGAAUCGAGAAAACGGGAGGCUGCGACCACAUGGAGUGCACGUUGUGCAAAGCAAACAUUUGUUGGAAAUGUAUGGCGUACUUUCCUGUAAUGAGGGAAUGUUAUGGACAUAUGGCUACAGCUCAUCAUUCAUUUGUUUAAUAUGAAGAAAGCAGAGGUCUUGGCAAGCUUUUUGAUGGUCAACUGGUUUACUUGAUUAUCUUCCACGCUGUUUUUGUGAGCACUUCAAAAUGUAUGGUAUUUAUCAUGUAUGUUUCUAUUAUCACAUUAACAUAAACAUUUUCAGUACAUAAUUAAUAUCUGAUUUUGCAAGUCAUGAUUGCAUGUAAUCCUUACUUAAUGAAAUGAUAAGUAUUGAAAUAUUUUUAAUCAUACUCGAUAUGAAAUGUCGUGAAUUUAUCUUAAAUUGAAAAGAAGAUAAAAGGUACACAUUAUUAUAAAGGGCUUCAAGUGAAUCUUUUAAUUUUGAAGAUACCAUAAGUCGGCUACAUUCUGAUAAAUGACAUUAAAGGAAACAUCAUGCGUAAUUUUUAGAUUUAUGAAUUAACCUCAAAAUUCCAUAACGUAUUUAAUUUCUAAUUAUAAAUCGUAUAUACAACUGUUUUCGAAUUAGUACAGCAGUAUUUGUUUGUAUAAAUGAUAACUCAUAUUGACUUCUGUGAGUACCGAAUAACCUAUAUUGCUAUUUCAUUGUGAAGUCACCAGCUUAGCGUCGUAUAUAACCGCUUCAGACAAGCAUCAUUUAUGGCAUAAUUGUUCAUAUAAUUAAUAGGGAGACCCACUCUAGUAUUUAUAGAUGUGAAAAUUUCGUUUAUUUGUUGUGUGCAAUUGUAUUUAUUAAUAAGCACUAUCAAAUGUAUAAAUGACAAUGUUCGGUCUGUACAAUGUUAAGCACAUGCAUUGUUUAACCGAAAAAUCGCCUUACUGUGAUAAACCACUGGUACCAGCCUUGAAAGAAAAUGACAUUUUACAUGUCAAUAGACUACCGCGAUAUAUACGAUGUUAACCAUGGUCGUGAGCGGUAAAAUAUAUAGUCACUUUCAUUCGCUCAUUUUGCAGCUUAAACGCGCAGUUCGGCAAAAUGGGUUCUAUGCAUAAUGAACAAAAUUAUGAUUCAUUUUGUGUCGUCCACUAGUCACAUUUUCUUAAUUUGUAACGUUUGCCAGACUGCGCGUUUUUUUGUGAGAACAUACGCGAUUGAAAAGGGCUUGUAUAUUUUCCCGUUUAUAAUCAUGGUUAUCACAGUUUACAUAGGGGUAGGAUAAAACAUGUACAAUGACAUUUUCUCCCUUAUCUGGUACCAGUGUGAUAGAUGUGCAAAGCUAUAGUUUAUCUUCUUAUUGUUUGCUUUGUUGUCAGCUAGAUAUUGUUUUAUCGUUUUGUUAAAUAGAUCACAUAAUUUAGUUGUUUAUUAAUCAUAUCAUGUGAUUAUAAUGAGAAAAACUUUGUGUUCAGGAAACAAUGGACAAUGCAGUAAAUGUGUACAUAUAUAAGCAUUUCAUAAACUAGUGCAGUUAAUACACUUUUUUCAGCAUACUUGAGUAAGUGUGUUCAGAUCGCGUUGUUAACUUAUCUAAAUUGCUCAGGUUGAGCUAUUAGUAAAAAUGGAUGUUCUGGCGUCCUUCGUACAUCGUACUGGGUCCUACGUUGGCUUUUUUCCGUAACCAUCUUCUCCUGUGAAAAUUCUGAUCGGAAUUACAGCAAACUUGGGUCAGUAGCAUUGCUCGGCCCUUUAUCAAAUGGUUCAGCUUUGCCCCUUUUAGGUACCGCUAGAGCUAAAAUAGAAGUACUUUUUAAACGACUUCUUGUCAUGAACAGAUUGCCGGAUUGUCAUUAAAGUUGAUCUGUAUUAUCAUUAUAUUAUAAUUUCCUCUCCCAAACAACUUUUUCUCAUAAACUGCUUCAGCUUCACGGCCUUUGAAAUCGUAAUACUUUAUACAAACUGCUUAAUGGAUUUUCAUCAAACUUUAUCUGUAGCAUCAUUAUAAGUUCCACUCCUAAAUUUGUCCAGAUGGGGUCAAUCGGUCCGCUUUAAGGGCCGCUAGAGCUAAAAUAGAAAUACCUUAUAAUUACUCGCUUGAUGAAUCUUCAUCAGACUGACUUGGUUUGUUGCAUUUCAGGUCCUCUCUAAAUUGACUUUAGAUAGGCACACUUAUUCUUGUCAAGGUUCGUUAAAGUCGGGGCACGUGGCAGGCCACUGGAGCUAAAAAGUAGAAAAUCAUUUGAACGAAUUCUCCUCAAUAAUGACUUGAUGGAUCUUCAUCAAAUUUAGUCUGUAACAUCAUUGUUCCCAAUUUUGUUCAGAUGGGUGUUGCGGGGUGGAGAGAGGGAGUGCACUUGGUCCAGUUUAGGGGCUGUCAUAGCUUACAAUAGUAGACCUUUAAACAAUUACUUGUCAUGAACUGCUUGGCUUGCUAGGGGGCGUGAGAGGUGUUGCACUUUCCAUUACCUCUCAUGAACAAACUCAAUCAAGUGCUGUUAUUCUACUUGGUUGCAUUCUGUGCUUCCAAAGAAUCUACAUACAGAUUGUAUUAUUCUUCAAACGUGGGCUUAAGCACCAUUUUAAGGUCAUCUUCCAAAUUUGUUUAAAUUGGACACAAAAGCUAAGAAACCUGUUAACAACUUCAUUUUAUAAACUGUUUUAUGGAUCUUUAUUGAACUUGGUUUGAAGCAUCAUUAUAAGAGCCUUUCCCUAUUAUGUUCACACGGGUGCACUCGGCCCCCUGUAGGGUCCAUUAGGGCUUAAAUAGGAAUACAUUUUAACGACUUCCUCUCCUGAACCGCAUUCCAGAUUUCAUCGUACUUGGUCCGUAGCUCUAUUAUAAUGUCCGAUCCCAGUUUAUUUCAAAUGGGUACACUUGGUCCAAUUUAGGGACCAUAAAAACUAAAAAUAGAAAACUCUGUUAACAACUUCUCAUUUAACGCUUAAUGGAUCCUCUCCCAACUUGGUCUGUUGUAUCAUUGUAAGGUCAUCUUCCAAAUAUGUUUAAAUGAGGGCCCAUGGUGGAUGUUCAGAAGUUAGAUCCAAAGGUCUCUGUCCUACGAUGAGCAACUGAGUCCCAUUUGGGUCUCGUGCAAUUAUUUAUAUAUAUAUAUAUAUAUAUAUAUAUAUAUAUAUAUAUAUAUAUAUAUAUAUAUAUAUAUAUAUAUAUACAUUAUGUAGUUAUUCUUAAUAUAUAAGCUUGUUCCUAAUAAUGUGUUUCAAUCUGUAAAGUUUAAUUUACAUUUAAUAUUAUGUAAGGACCUUUAUUUUAUAGACGAUCUUGAAAGCUAUUAAUUCUUUUCAAUAAUCUAAACUGAUUUGUAGAUUAUGCUCAUAUCAAUAUAAAUACAGUAAACUUCAUGUCUUUAGAUGGUGUGUUAUAUAUAGUAUAACUUAUGCCCAUAAACGCAUGAUAUGUUUUUAAAUAUUUUGUUGCAGGUGUACCAUAUGUACUGUUAAUAAAUGUUAGAAAUUUUAAUCAUACCUUUCUCCUCUUCGUUCUGUCAUUGGUUUUGCAGUAAUUCUGUGAUUCCAGCAGGUAUGCAAAUUUUGAUUCCAUACCUCAUGUUUUUAUUUCGAUGUAAAUGAGAUGUGGAACCAAAAUGUGUAGUCCUGUUUGGCGCCAUAUAACCUAUACUGUGUUGGUUCGCCGUAAAACCCAAAUAAAUAAAUAAAUAAAUUUUGUCGUUUGA